AUGCCAGAAGAGUCGACUUGGAGAAGCGUAUUCCGCAAUGAUUUGUUUAAAGGAAAGGUCGCGCUGGUUUCUGGAGGUGGAACAGGCAUUGGAAAGUCAAUAGUAAUCGAGCUAGCUUCGUUGGGUGCCACCGUUGUUAUUUCUAGUCGGAACGAAGAAAAGUGCCAUAAAGCUGCUGACGAACUUAAUGCCCUUGGAUUCUCAGGAAAAGUUGCCGCUGGUCCAUCAACAAAUAUUCGAAAGGAAGAAGAUAUCCAGAAGCUGAUUUCCCAUGUUGUGGAAAGGUAUGGAGCAUUGGAUAUCCUCGUCAACAAUGCGGGCGGACAGUUCAUUUCCGAUUCAGCCGACAUUAGCAAGCGGGGGUUCCAAGCGGUUGUUGAGACAAACCUGCAGGGAACUUUCCUAAUGUGCCGAGAGGCCUUCAACCAAUAUAUGAGAGACAAUGGUGGUUCCAUAGUAAACAUCACCAUUGGGAAUAGAAAUGGUAUGCCAGGAAUGAUGCACUCAGCCGCAGCACGAGCUGGAGUUGAAAAUAUGACAGCUUCGCUUUGUGUUGAAUGGAUUGAAUCCAAGGUGCGAAUCAACUGCGUUCGUCCGGGGAUAAUAUUCACCGAAUCUGGCUUUGAGAAUUAUGGCCCUGCUGGAGAAUACUUCUUGGAGAAGAUUGUUCCAAGCUUGCCAGCAAAACGACUUGGAAGUGCUGAAGAAGUGAGCUCCGCUGUCGUCUGGCUGCUAUGUGAAGGGGCUGGCUAUGUCACAGGAAGCGUAAUCUGCGUUGAUGGCGGUGGUUCUUAUGUAGCGUUACCGUUGGUCGAAAUCGAAGAUAAAACCAACCUCCCCACUUACGGAUAUCUUCCAAUGAAGGCUAAGCUAUAA